AUAAAUAUAUUUGCAGGGACCAGCAUUGAGUAAAAUUGAAUAACGGAAUUAAGCUACGCCAUGGUGCCCAUUGGAGCCGUUCACACCGGCCAUCCCGGCGUUGUGCAUCAACAGCAACAGCAACAACAGCCGAUGCCAACCGCUCCUAGUGGACCAAACACGCUGCAGCCAUCCGUGUCAUCGACGUCGACCAACACAACGUCGAACAAGAGCUCGAUGUCGGUUAAGCCCAAUUAUACGCUCAAAUUUACACUUGCCGGCCACACCAAGGCCGUCUCCGCCGUUAAGUUUAGCCCGAACGGCGAAUGGCUUGCCAGCUCGUCUGCCGACAAACUCAUAAAAAUCUGGGGCGCCUAUGAUGGCAAAUUCGAGAAAACCAUUUCGGGCCACAAGUUGGGCAUUAGCGAUGUGGCCUGGUCCUCCGACUCACGUCUUUUGGUCAGCGGCAGCGAUGACAAAACGCUCAAAGUCUGGGAGCUGAGCACCGGCAAGAGUCUGAAGACGCUCAAGGGUCACAGCAACUAUGUCUUCUGCUGUAACUUCAAUCCACAGUCGAAUCUGAUUGUGUCUGGCAGCUUUGAUGAGAGCGUACGCAUUUGGGAUGUGCGUACAGGCAAAUGCCUGAAGACAUUGCCCGCUCACUCUGAUCCCGUUUCGGCAGUGCAUUUCAAUCGUGAUGGCUCGCUGAUUGUCAGCUCCAGCUAUGACGGGCUCUGUCGCAUUUGGGACACGGCCAGCGGACAGUGCCUGAAGACGCUGAUCGAUGAUGACAAUCCACCCGUUAGCUUUGUCAAAUUCUCCCCCAACGGCAAAUACAUAUUGGCCGCCACCCUGGACAACACACUGAAGCUGUGGGACUACUCCAAGGGCAAAUGUCUGAAGACCUACACGGGUCACAAGAACGAGAAGUAUUGCAUAUUUGCCAAUUUCUCUGUAACUGGCGGCAAGUGGAUUGUCAGCGGCAGCGAGGACAACAUGGUCUACAUAUGGAAUCUUCAAAGCAAGGAGGUAGUACAAAAGCUGCAAGGACACACGGACACCGUCCUCUGCACCGCCUGCCAUCCCACAGAAAAUAUCAUUGCAUCGGCUGCGUUGGAGAACGACAAGACCAUCAAGCUCUGGAAGUCCGACACAUAGGCUGUGGAUGGUGUAGCAGCAACACACACACACACACACACACACACACACACACA